AUGGCUAAACGAGGAGAAACCUGGAGUGAUGAUGAAGUAUUGGCAUUAAUAUCGAUUUGGAGUCAAGAAUCAAUUUUAAAGAUGCUGGCAACAUCACGUAAAAACGAGGACAUAUACGGGAAAAUGAGUGCAAAACUGGAAACCCUGGGGUUCCAACGCGAUUUUACACAAUGUAGAACAAAAGUUAAGCACUUGAAAACCACAUAUAAAAAGUACAAAGAUGCACUGGCUCGUUCAGGGGCUGCAAGAGUGAAAGAACCGAAGUUUUUUGAGCAGCUAGAUGUUUUUCUUGGUGACCAACCUGAGGCCACUGGAAUUGAUGCAGCCAUCGAUACUUUGUCUUCGUCAAUUUCAGAAGAAACGGAAAAUAAAUCAGAUCUAGGCAAGUGGAAAUUUAAUCUUUCCUUUGUAUUAUUGUGUUUAACUACAGAUAUUUUUUGCAUAGUCUGCAUGAUUAUCGUUUUCUUGCAGAAAUAUAUCGGUUGUUUAUAAAAUAUUUUGCUAGUUUUGUAAGAAAAAAUUGAUUUUUCCACCUCAAAAUUGCGAUUCCCUCGUUUCUAUUCCCCCUAUACAUGGUGCCAUCACUGCUUGGCCAUUGUUUGGGCAGUGUAUAUAAACAGUAGAAUUUUCUAAAACUAUCUAUAACUGAUUCAAAUUAUAGGCAUUUCAUUUAGCUUUUUGAUUUUUAGAAUUGGAUUUAAUAAAAAAAUAUGGUGAAGGGAAAAAGUUAGAGAAAAAAUGCAUAAACUGUGGUACUGCAACAAAGAUUCGAACAUCUGGGGUACACAUCAGUGAUAAUGGAUGCAUUGGUGUGUUUUCUGAUGAUGAUGAUUUUGAGUGCUCUGAUUGUGGUUGCAAAGAAGCAGGUACAAGUAUUAUGUGCAUUGGGUUAUUCCAGAAAACAUCCAUACCACACCCACAGAGGAUAUUAACCCUCCUACCCCCUUUGGAUGUCCUAAUACAUUUACUAUUAUCAGGAACAAUGUUUCUCCCCUCCCCCUCCGGACGGCAGAAAUUUCCUCCGUGGGGGGAGUAUGGAUCUUUUCUGGAACAACCCAUUGUAAAUUGUGAUACAAGGUUUUUAUAAUUAAUUGAACUGCUUGGCCAUGGAAGGUUGAUAUAUUAGUGCAUAACAGAGUGGCAGUUAGAAUGUUAUAUUGUUAUUAUCUUAAUAGGUGAAGAUAUCCAUGAUUCAAGUGAAGAUGGUGAUGAUGAUGAUGACAAUGCUUCAGAAAUUAUGUCUGAGUUAGAAAAAGCUGUUGGCCAUGAAACUCCAGAUCUUGAUGCACAAGAUUCUGAAGCCAGUGGAUCAAAGCCAUCAAAUGCAAAACGCAAUAUUAUAGGAUCAAUACGAAGUAACAAGAAGAAGCAAAGAUUGUCAAAACAAGAAGAAUUUCAAAAAUGUAUGGAUGAAUUUACAAAAUCCCAAAAGGAAUCAGAUGAAAAAAUUUUGGAAGAAAUGAAAAACCAGGUUAAAGUUGAUGCUGAGCUACGAAAACAAGAAUUAAAGGCAUAUGCUGAUUCGAUGGCAUUACUGGCCAAUGCCAUUUCAAGCAGACAGCAGCCAACUGUGCAACAACCUCUCAGUAAUCAGUUUUAUUUUGAAGAUGAAAACAGCACCAAAACAUAUUAUAAAUUAUAA